AUGAUGAGGUCUCUUCUUCUUGGCCUGGCCUGUUUGGCCACCACUUAUGGUGCUGCACUUGAUAAACGUGCCCCUACUCCCUUCUCCAACUUCACCAGGAACGAAUUCUUCAAGCCUGCGGCUGAUGCUCAGCUCUGGGGUACACUCUAUGCUCGGUCACUCCAAUUGCCCGACGAGUCCCUGCUUAUGACCUGGGAAAAUUACCCAGCUGAGUCCAAAGAAUACCCCGUCAAUCACCCGAUCUACAAGUCGGUCGAUGGGGGUGCGACUUGGUCCAAUUUUAGUGCCGUCAAAGACACACAGAACGGCUGGGGUAUGCGUUUCCAGCCAUUCCUGUACACGCUUCCCACCGACUUUGGCGGUUAUGCCAAGGGCACUAUACUCGCAGCUGGUGUUUCGACCCCUGAAAGCCUGAAAGGUAGUGUUUACAUCGACGUCUACGCCAGUAAAGACGGCGCAAAGACUUGGGACACUAUGGGAGCCCUUCUUCCUGAUCGAGACCCGAAGCAUGCCCAGAAGCUCGUUCACACUACCACCACCGAUCUUAAGAAUUGGUCAGACAUUGUCGAGGAUGAAGCUGAGAGCAACUAUGACGCUCGCCCUGGUAUGACCACUGUGGCUCACAUCGAGAGCACUGACAAGUGGAUCAUGACUUGGGAACGCUGCGGCGUGGAUUCCUGCAGAAUCUAUUACAAAAUCUCCGAUAGCCCUCUUACAUUUGGGCCCAUUCCUGGUACCAGACUCCAAGCCACCGACGGUAGUUUGUUCACCAGUGGACCAUACGUGACUUGGGUUCGUGACCCUUAUACCAACAACGGCUCUGGUAUCAUCAUCAUCAGCACCACUUCUUCCGAGAACCUUCUGAUUCAAGGCGAUAAUCCAGUAGAGGGAAAGUGGAAGAAGGUCGACAUCAAUCACUGGUCUGCCUACUCUCGUAGUGUCAGAGAGAUUACUAUCAAGGGAACUAAGCGACUGUUGCUCGGGAACGGUGGCAACUUUGGAGACAAGAAGUACAAUGGCAUUGCUGAUGCUGUUGUUCCUAUUCCAAAGCUCUGA